AUGGCUUCUUUGAUGUCUCAUUUGUCUCUCCAUCCCGAAAAACCAUUACAUGUUACAAGAUUUUAUAGUAAAGUUUCGCCAUGUUUAGCUUUACGAUCCACAAGUCAACCAAUUUCUUGUUCACUUAAAAAUUCAUCUGAGAAGCUACCAUUUUCGGGCUGGGACCAGUUAUUGAGACGACGGGGUUUGGUUAAUAUUCCAGUUAUUAAAGCUGCAGCAUCCGCGGAUGGUGAUGAGCAGAUUGAAGUUUCUGAAGGGUUGAAAAUAACUGAAGCUCCAAAGAGCCUAGCUGAAAGAUUUCCAGCUCUAGUUACUGGAUUCUUUUUCUUUACUUGGUACUUUUUAAAUGUAAUAUUCAACAUACUUAACAAGAAGGUCUACAAUUACUUCCCAUACCCUUACUUUGUUUCAGUUGUUCAUCUUCUUGUUGGUGUUACAUACUGUCUCAUCUGUUGGUCUAUUGGACUCCCAAAACGAGCACCAAUAAAUAAGGAUCUCCUAGGAGUCCUUACUCCUGUUGCAGCAUGUCAUGCUCUUGGACAUGUCAUGUCUAAUGUCUCAUUUGCUGCCGUCGCAGUAUCUUUUACACAUACCAUCAAAGCUUUGGAACCAUUCUUCAGCGCAGCAGCUUCUCAAUUUGUUUUAGGCCACCAGAUUCCCCUUCCACUAUGGUUGUCAUUGGCCCCUGUUGUUUUAGGUGUAUCAAUGGCCUCAUUGACUGAACUUUCUUUCAAUUGGCUUGGGUUUUCAAGCGCCAUGAUUUCUAACAUAUCCUUUACUUACAGAAGCAUAUAUUCUAAGAAAGCCAUGACAGGCAUGGACAGCACAAAUGUGUAUGCUUACAUUUCGAUAAUCGCCCUCUUGUUUUGCCUCCCACCAGCAAUUCUUAUUGAAGGACCAAAAUUAAUGCAAUAUGGAUUCAGGGAUGCAAUAGCUAAAGUUGGCAUGGUUAAGUUUGUGUCUGAUUUGUUCUGGAUCGGAAUGUUUUACCAUCUAUACAACCAGAUUGCUACCAACACUCUAGAGAGGGUCGCUCCACUUACUCAUGCUGUAGGAAAUGUUUUGAAGCGAGUUUUCGUGAUUGGUUUCUCCAUCAUUGUGUUCGGUAAUAGGAUCUCAACACAAACUGGAAUUGGUACUGCAAUCGCCAUUGCUGGUGUGGCUAUGUACUCCGUGAUCAAAGCUAACCUUGAAGAUAAAAAUAAGAAGGACGCGGGGAAGGCAAAGGCAGCAUAGAAGCUGCAUAUAAAACAGCAAAUUUA